AUAAAACCUAAGGUACUCCUCAUUACAGCUGCAGACUAAUAGACAGAGAGCAGGGGAGUGCUGGAGACACUUCUAAGAGAGGGAGAGGGAAGGAGAGUGAGACAUUGUUAACAGGGAAAGUUAGUUAAAUAAGCAGUCCUACUUGUGUGCUCACCCUUCUUUGACUGCUGCCUCCCCACUCCACUACCUGAGGCACACACACACACACACACACACACACACAAACACACACUCACACACACACACACACAGGGAGGUGUUUCAGGGAGGCUUAGAGGGCCAACUCUCCAGGGAAGAAGGGAAUUAAAUACUUCAUUCUCAAUCCACGGCGUCCAUACUCAGGACAAAAAAGGGAUUACAGCUUGUACGCCUGCCCCACUUGUUCCUCUCUUCUCUCUGCAUUUUGUCUUAACUUUGGAGACUUUGGAUACAACAUUCUUGAAUUGUUGGUUUGGGCUCAGAGAGGCAUGGCACACGGACAAAAGAGCCCCAGGUGGGCAUUAACCCAGGGCUCCUUCAGCUUGGCACUGGGCCUGACGCUCUUCUCCCUCCUCCUCCUCCUCCUCACCGUCUCAGCUGCAGAUGAGUACGACUACUACAGCUGGCAGUCGGACAACUUCCACAAUGGCCGCUUCUACACAAAGCAGCCCCAGUGUGUGGACAUACCAGCUGACCUGCGCCUGUGCCACAAUGUGGGCUACAAGAAGAUGAGGCUGCCCAACCUCCUGGACCACGAGACCAUGCCAGAAGUAAAGCAGCAGGCGGGCAGCUGGGUACCCCUCCUGGCCAAACGCUGCCAUGCUGAUACCCAGGUCUUCCUGUGCUCGCUGUUUGCACCAGUGUGCCUGGACAGGCCCAUCUAUCCCUGCCGCUCGCUGUGUGAAGCUGUGAGGGACAGCUGUGCUCCGGUUAUGGAGACCUACGGCUUCCCUUGGCCAGAGAUGCUGACCUGUGAUAAGUUUCCCAUUGAUAACGACCUCUGCAUCCCCAUGCAGUUCACUGGGAACCACGCGACCCAGCCACCAGUGUCAAAGGUGUGCCCUCCAUGUGACAAUGAGCUGAAAGCAGACAACAUAAUGGAGCAUUACUGUGCCAGUGACUUUGCCCUCAAGAUGAAGAUCAAGGAGGUGAAGAAGGAGAAGGGUGACCGGAAGCUGAUAGCAGCACAAAAAAAGAAGAAAGUGUUGAAGCAAGGUGUGUUAAGAAAGAAAGACCUGAAGAAACUGACCCUGUACAUCAAGAAUGGCGCAAACUGCCCAUGCUCCCAGCUGGACAGCCUGGGCUCCAACUUCCUCAUCAUGGGCCGCAAGGUAGACCAGCAACUGCUGCUCAUGUCAAUUCACAAGUGGGACAAGAAGAGCAAGGAGCUCAAGUUCGCCAUCAAGUACAUGAAGUCCCAUCAGUGUCCCACCUAUCACACUGUCUUCCAGUAACGCGUCUCGCUGUACUGUUGGCACAAUCCAUGAUCGCUUUCCACAUUCCACCUUGUUUCACAUAGAUCCUAAUUCGGUGUCCCCGAACCCCAGGUCCUUGCAAAAUCCAGUCCGCUACAUAGCCCUACAAAGGGUCUCAGGGCGGUCAAGCUUUUAUUUCCUCAGCUUUAACAUGAAUCAGGUCGUCAAGGGGUCGUCCUGAUCUGCUUAGAUGAAACAGACAUGUUAAUGUUGGAGGGGAAAAGCUGCACACAGCUCCCUCUGAAUUAUAAAAGCCCCAAAGAAACAACAGCUUUUUUUAAAUUGAGGUGAUAUCAUUUUUAUUUUUCAAUGUUAAACAGAUUGACCACCUGCGAACUUAAUAUCAUUUUCCUUAUAAUUCUACUUUCCUCUUCAGACAUAGUAGAACAAAUCACUUGUAUGAUAUCUUUAUCAAGACAGUGGCAUUAAGAAAUGGGAAACUAAAGAUUUGAGGCAACUAUUGGGAGGGAGAACGUGUAAUGAUGAUAGACAGACGGAAUGGAAAGGGAGCUGAGUGGGAACGCAGGGUUUGUUUCAGUUUAAAAAAACGGAGAGAAAUGAUACGCUACAGUAAUGUGGGCUGUGUAAUGGG